AUGAAUGAUGCUUCAAAAAACGAAGAUUGGGAAAAUUGCACGAGCAUAUUUCCAAAUGAAAGAGACGAAAAAAUAAUCGAAUUAAGAAAUGAACUUGAAGAUGAUACUAUAAAGAAAAAUGAAAAUGAUGAUAAUAAUUUAUUUGCAAAUAUAACCUUAUGUUUAAUGGGAAUGUCAUCUGUCCUUUUAUAUAACUGUGUUUUGAAUACAACACCACAUAUACAUGCAUUAUUGAAUAAAGAUAUAAUAGUUUCUUUUACAUUUUUUAUAUAUUUUUUAGUUUUAGUUUUAGUUUCAUUAUUUAUUUCUUUAUUUAUAGAAGUUAAGACGCGUAUAUAUGACGCAUGCUUUGUUUUAUCAUUUAUUUUACAAUUAUUAUAUCCAUUAGUUGUUAAAUAUUAUUAUAAAAAUACUCUUUUAUUUUAUAUGCUUAUCGUAUCGAUUGGUGCAACAUGCUCUAUGAUGAAAACGAUGAUUUUUUCUUUUUCUACUAUUGCUGUUAAUAGUUCUAAAGUUAUUUGUUUAUCUUAUGGAUUAACUGGAAUAUAUUCUUUUAUUAUCACAACAAUUUUUUUUUAUUUUGUGAUUCAAAUAGAUAAAGAUACGCACAAAUUAAUGACCUCAAUAUUUAUUACAUCUUCUAUUAAUUCUAUAUUUAUACUUGUUUCUUUUGUUUGCUAUACUAUAUUAAAAAAAUCAGAUUCAUUUAAAAAAAAGUUUAAAAUUUAUCAUGAUCAGAAAAAAAUACAAACAGCAACACAAUUACAACUUGAGCAACUUUCAUAUACUAACAACAAUAAUACAUCACCUCAAAAUGACCCCCCAAAAUAUUUUACUAUUAAUGUAAAUGCUGAAUCAAACGAAAAAAACGAAACAAAUUCCGUGCCUAAUGUAGAACAUAUAAAUUUUCAAAAAAAAAAAGAAGACUCAGUAGAUGGCUUCAAUACAUUUUCUAAAAAUAAUUUAAAUACUGAAAUAAGUGGAAACUCAACUUCAGCGCCAACGGAUACAUUGAAAUCUUCAAAAAAACAUAAUAAUAUUGACACAAUAAAUAUACAAGACAAAAAUAUACUACUCAGAUUUAUAAAUUUAAUAAAUAUAAAAAGAAAAGAAUAUAUAAAUCAAGGAAAAAGUCAAAUGUUUUUAUUUAAAAAAGGGUCUAUAUUUUUAUUUUGCUCUUUUUAUAAUAUAUUUUUAAAAAUUUUAGUUUUCCCAGUUGUUUGCCCAGAAAUGUGGACUAAUAAUGUUGACGAAAGAUAUAUAUUAAUAGGAAUGGUUCAAAUAGCAGAUUGUAUAAGUAGAAUAUUUCCUACAUGUGCGCAAUCAUUUCCAUUAUUAAAAAUAUUUCUAUUCCCACAAAAAAAAGUAUUAAUUUAUUCUUUAGCAAGAACUAUUUUAUCAAUACUAUGUCUAAUGGUUCCUUUGAAGAAAAUACCGAUUUUUGAUAAUUUUAUUUUUCAAUGUAUCCUUAUUUUUUCAAAUAUAUAUUUAAAUGGGUGGUUUGUUGUUUUAUCAUUUAUUAACAUUUCAGAUGUAUUGAAACCAUUUAAUUCAAUGCGAAAUGUUGCGAUUAUUAGUUCAUUAGGAUCCUCCUUUUUAAGACUUGGCCUUUUGACUGGUUAUGUUUUUUCUACAAAAUAUAAACAUUUUGUUAAUAGUUUAUAA